AUCAAAUCCAAAUAAAACGAGUUGUCAGACGUGUGACUAUAAACAAAGGAAGUUCGAGUGCUGGAGUAAAUCGCGAGAAGGACAUUUCAGUGGACGAUCGGCUGAGAUUACCCGUCACGUCUGACGGAUGA